AUGAAUGAAAGCAACAGAUUUCCUGCUACAGUUGCCAUACAAAAUGCCUUGUUCUUCAUAGUUGGUGUUGGUGUCUCAGUUAACACCAUGCUUCUCUUUCACAUCCUCAUCUUCCUUAUCCAGCACAGGCCCAGGACCACUGACCUAACCAUCUUUCAUUUGGCCUUCCUUCACAUAGUAAUGCUGAUCACCGUGGGUUUCACAGUUGCAAAUAUUAUGAGAUCUUCCCAUUCCUGGAAUGACUUGAGUUGUAAAGCAGUUGUCUUCUUGAACAGGCUGAUGAGAGGCCUGUCCAUUUGUACCACCUGCCUGCUGAGCAUUCUCCAGGCCAUCACCCUCAGUCCCAGAAGCUCCUGUUUGGCCAAGUUUAGACAUAACUCCUCACAGCACAGCCUGUAUUGCCUUAUUUUUCUUUGGGUCUUCAAUACGUCUAUUAGUGCUCGAUUCUUACUCUCUGCUGUUGCCAACUUUAAUGGGACCUCCACCCAUCUUCUGUUUGUAACUGAUUUGUGCUCUCUUUGGCCUCAAAACUAUUCCCUGUUGUUUAUAUUUACCACACUAACAGCUUUACAAGAUGUCAUUUUUAUUGGGCUCAUGGCUCUCUCGAGUGGGUACAUGGUGACCCUCUUGUGCAGGCACAGAAGACUGUCCCAACAUCUCAAGAGCACUAACCUUUCUCAAAAGACAUCUCCAGAAAAAAGGGCCACCCAGACCAUUCUUCUCCUCAUGAGUUUCUUUGUGGUCAUGUACUUUACAGACUGCAUCAUCAACUCCUUGAGAACAGUGUGGACAAAGGACCCAGCUCUUCUUUAUGUUCAGAUUCUUCUGUCUAAUGGUUAUGCCACCAUCAGUCCUUUGGUGCUAAUCAGCACUGAGAAACAAGUAACCAUGUUGAGAAAGAAUGCUUCUCUUAGAGUGAGUAAAUUCUGUGGCUUCUAA